AUGGCCACAAACGAGGACCAGAACAAGGCCCCAGUGGACCAAGUCGAACACGCACCAGCCCACCAAGAAACCACAACUCACCGCCGCGAUGCCGCCGCAGAGCUCCUGGGCAAAUCAGGCGCUUCGCCAGAGGACCGCGUCGUCGUCACGCCCGCAGACAACGCCCGCGUCCUGCGCAAGAUCAAACUCGUCAUCCUGCCCUUGAUGCUCUUCGUCUACUUCCUCCAGGGCAUCGACAAGUCCACCCUCGCCUACGCCUCCAUUUUUGGUCUCAUCGAGGAUACCGGGCUCGUCGGGGACCAGUACUCGUGGCUGGGGUCCGUCGUCUACCUCGCCCAGCUAGUGAUGCAGUUUCCGCUUGCAUGGUUGCUAGUAAAGUGGCCUGUUGGCAAAUUCACCAGUUGCAUGGUUGCCUUUUGGGGUAUCACCUUAUCUUGCAUGGCGGCGGCAGCGCACAAUUUUGGUGGGCUUCUGACCGCGAGACUCUUUCUUGGGGCGUUCGAGUCUAGUGUUGCGCCUGCGUUCGUGGGGAUUACGCAGAUGUGGUGGCGACGACGUGAGCAGACGCUGAGGAUCAGUUAUUGGUACGCCAUGAAUGGCUUCACCAACAUGUUUGGCAGUCUCAUUACCUAUGGCCUGGGACACAUCUCUUCUCCCCUCAAGGAGUAUCAGAUCAUCUUCAUCUUCUUCGGUAUCAUCACAGUGGUCUUCUCCAUCAUCAUGUUCCUCUACAUGCCGGAUUCUCCAGUCGAAGCCAAGUUCCUCAACGACCAUGACAAGCUGAUCGCCAUUGAACGUCUCCGCAUGAAUCAACAGGGUGUCAUGUCCCGCGAGUGGCGCUGGGAUCAUUUCAAAGAGAGUAUUCUUGAUAUCAAAACGUGGUGCUGGUUUUCCCUCGUCUUUUCCAUCUCGUGA